CAAAAGUCAUUUACAUUUCAAAACAAUCAGUUCAUACGAAACGUUAAAGCCACACAUCUAAAACAAAAUGUUCAAAUACGCCGUUGUUAUCUUUGCCUUGAUUGCCUGCGCUGCUGCUAAACCUCAUUUAAUUGGUGCUCCCUUAGUGGCUGCCCCAGCUCCUGUAAUUACCGCCACCAGCAGUCAAGUUGUAGCCAGAACUUAUAAUGGCAUUGCUCAUGCUCCCAUUGUGGCACCAGUAGCUCCUGUUGCCCCCGUUACUAGAGUUGUUGCACCUGUAGCUCCCGUUGCUAGAGUAGUGGCUCCUGUUGCUCCCGUUGCCAGAGUUGUUGCUCCUGCUCAUGUUGCUCACGUAGCUGCUCCCUUAGCUGCUACUUAUUCAACUCCAAUAGUUGCCAGAUACGCUACUGCUGCUUAUGCUCAUCCUUUUGCUGCUAGAUAUACUGCUCCUUUGGCAUACAGUGCUCCUUUAGCUUACUCUCACGCUCCCCAUGCUGCUUCCUAUGCUUGGUAAAGAAUCAACAGUAUUUAGAAAAGAUUUUUGUUUAAACUUUCAUUGUUAUCCGUAAUGGACUGAUUUAGUUGUAA